AUGCCCUCCCCCCUCCCGGUCGGGACAUCCUCCAAGAUGCAGAUGACCGUCAACUCGCUGCUCUGGAAACAAACACAGGCUAUCCAAGCCCGUCCCAGCACUCCGAUCGAUCCACAAAAGCCAAGUCCGUGCAUUAUGGACCUGGUCAAGUGUCCCGAAGACUUCCUCAAGCACAACUCCAUCGAGUCCGGCAUGAUCUUUGCCGGCACCAAAACAAAGGGCCCUCAGCCUCGAUUCGCCAAGUUGAUCGACAUCUCGACUGAUCAUGACGAUGGGAAACAUUACAACGUCAUGUUUCACGAGAAGUCGAGCCGAUACGCCAUUCCCGCCGCCUUUCUCUGCGCGAACGCGGAUGGCCAAAACUCUCGUACGCCCGCAUACAUCGACAUCCCCAUCUCGGACCCGACCGAGAAAUUCCUCUUCACGCCAGAGCUGAACGGUGCGUCGAUCAUCGUCACUAAGAAAGAUGACCUGACGUAUCGUGUGUUUCACGAUAGCCGGAUCUGCAGCUCGGUGCUGUACGACAACGUCGUGCUGGCGAUCGACUACUGCGAAUACGGCGACGAGUAUGACAAGGACGCUCUACGCCGGAAGGACCUAGCUACGGCGUGUUUGCACUAUGAGAGCCCAAUUACCGACAGUGAGCACGGCCAGUGGGCCGUUUACUGCCAGUACCUGCAAGAGACAGGCAGCAGCCAGCGCUCGCUGAGGUUCAACGGCUGCGAAUCGCCCGUGCAGAAGAUGAAGUCUUACCAGGCGCCGCAUGUCGCGCGGAUCCGGGACGAAUUCAACCGCUUCGUUAGAGCCGAAGGGGAGGCUGCCCUGAAUCAAUCGCUCCCCUUUAUCCAGGACGGAACGUUCGAGGUCAUCACGGACACGGAUGCCAUGUUGACCAACCCGGCCGUGGCUUCGACGGAACGAUUACGCCUGUAUCUGAAGCCGUACGGGGACAUGCUCAAGAGCUCCAUCAAGGACGCCAAGGCUAACAAAAGCCUCGCCGGUAACAUCGAUGUCAAGAUUUUACUCGAAGACAAAGUCCAACGACUUGAAAAAGACCUACGUCAUUACGAAUACCUCAUCCGCACUAGUGAAAGACUUGAUUACACCUAUCUAUGGUUAAGACAGAAACAAGUCGCCAAUCCCCUCGAAGCGCCACGCGUCUCUCUUCCCAUGUUAACAAUUUGA